CGCUGAACGCCGCCCGCGUUGCGCCAUUUUGAAAGUAUUGCUGGGAGAGGCAGAGGCGAGGGAAAUCUCAAAGUAGAGUGCAAAGUCUAAAAUUCACUUCUGAGGAUUUGCAGUUCGGUUUCUUUGAUUAAAAAAAACAACAAAACGGUGUCCUGCUGUCUACAUCCCCGGGUUUACGAUUUAAACGGUGUUCGGAUUUGCUAGCAGCACUCCCGGGUGUAUUCCUGCACUGCUCCUCGGUCAGAACCAGCAGCCGACCCGGGUCAGCUCCGGUCCAGGGCCCGAUACCUAGACACCCUCUGUCUGAGUCUCUCACCAUGGCAGGGGCCGGCGGUGGGAACAGUGAUGUGCAGUGGUGCUUUUCACAAGUCAAAGGAGCGAUAGAUGAUGAUGUUGCUGAAGCUGACAUCAUAUCUACUGUUGAAUUCAACCACUCUGGGGAGCUGCUUGCCACUGGGGACAAAGGGGGUCGUGUUGUCAUUUUUCAACAAGAGCCAGAGAGUAAGAAUCAGCCGCAGUGCAGAGGAGAGUACAAUGUUUACAGCACCUUCCAGAGCCAUGAGCCUGAGUUUGACUACCUGAAAAGCCUUGAGAUCGAGGAGAAGAUCAACAAGAUCCGAUGGCUGCCUCAGAAGAAUGCAGCACAAUUCCUUUUGUCUACAAACGACAAAACCAUAAAGCUUUGGAAGAUUAGUGAGCGUGACAAGAGACCAGAGGGCUACAAUUUGAAGGAAGAGGAUGGGCGCUACAGAGAUCUUAAUACUGUCACAACACUACGGGUACCAGUAUUCAGGCCCAUGGACCUGAUGGUGGAGGCCAGCCCUAGACGAGUGUUUGCGAAUGCUCACACCUACCAUAUCAACUCCAUCUCGGUCAACAGUGAUUGUGAGACAUACCUGUCUGCAGAUGACCUGCGCAUCAACCUGUGGAACCUGGAGAUCAAUGAUCGCAGCUUUAACAUUGUUGACAUUAAGCCAACCAACAUGGAGGAGUUAACAGAGGUGAUCACAGCUGCGGAGUUCCACCCCAACCAAUGCAACACUUUUGUCUACAGCAGCAGCAAGGGCACCAUCCGCUUGUGUGACAUGAGGGCAUCAGCACUGUGCGACCAGCAUGCCAAACAGUUUGAAGAGCCAGAGGAUCCGAACAAUCGUUCAUUCUUUUCUGAAAUCAUCUCGUCAAUCUCUGAUGUGAAGUUCAGCCACAGCGGACGCUACAUGAUGACCCGCGACUACCUGUCAGUCAAAAUCUGGGAUCUCAACAUGGAGUCCCGGCCAGUAGAGACAUAUCAGGUGCAUGAAUAUCUCAGGAGUAAAUUGUGUUCGCUCUAUGAGAAUGACUGCAUCUUCGACAAGUUUGAGUGCUGCUGGAAUGGGAACGACAGCGUUGUGAUGACCGGUUCCUACAACAACUUCUUCAGGAUGUUUGACAGAGGCUAUCGGCAGGACGUGACCCUGGAGGCGUCGCGGGAGAACAGCAAGCCGCGCUCGGUCCUGAAACCUCGCAAAGUAAGCACAGGUGGGAAGCGCAAAAAGGAUGAGAUCAGUGUAGACAGUCUGGACUUUAACAAGAAGAUCCUCCACACUGCCUGGCAUCCUCUGGACAACAUCAUUGCUGUGGCCACCACCAACAAUCUGUACAUAUUCCAGGAAAAACUGAACUAGCAUUUGUUGAACCGCUCAGAUGAUACACGCAUACAAACGAUAUCUGUCCGUCUCUGCCUAAAUCCCCAAGUCUUGAUAUGAUCUGCCCUCUGGGACUUUAGUAUUGAAUGUGACAACAGUAAAACAGUACAUCCAAGCAGGCCAUCACAAGCACAUUUAACAUUUGUUUGGUAAAUGCAAACAGGCAGGGUUUGUAGAUCUGAGUCCAGAAUUUGGGAUUUAGUGACAUUACGAUUACUCUAUAUACCAAGCUACCAUUUGCAACUCCACUACAUCCCAAACCAAAGGGAAAAUGUGCUAAAUACACACGUUGGGCUACUUUAUUUCUUUUAUUAUUUUUGUGCCAUCGUGACGUGAUUCAUUUUUAUGUCAUAGCUGCAAAUUAAGGUUCUGUAGCUUCCAUGUUUUACUAGUUUAAAUAGGAAAUUAUUUCUUCUGUUAUUGCUUCUUUCUGUCACCAAGUUCCUUUUCCUUGCUGGGUUAAAACGCUUCUAGUUCAAGCUGUCAACACUCCACAUUUGCCCCAAGUAUUUCUCAAGUUGCCAAUUUCACUCACAGCUUCUAUACUGUACAGUAUGGUGAGUCUGUUAAAGGAAUAUCCUCGUGUUUAUAUCAUGUUUCAGCUCAUUCUCUACAAAUAGCUUACAUUACUUCUGUAAUAAUAUUUAUGAGAGGGGCAUUUAUUUCUCUACUGUAAGGACCUCGACUCACUUAUCUGAAUCGACAUUUUUUCCACCUCAGUGGACCUUUUGUUGUCUUUGAUAAAGUCGAAGUAGUUGUUUGGUGAUCACGCCGUACAUUUUCUGGUCAGAGUACCGUAACAUCUGACACUAAAAGUCAGCUACUUAAUAUCUGGAGUAGAAACAAGGAAAUCCACCUCUUCCUUUUAAACAUUCAUGUACCUUAACUGAUUUGGAUUAGAGGUUCUGUCUAACACAAGCUUGAAAAUGACUUAGCUUGGAGCUAAAAACUGUAACGCUGGAGUGUCCUGACACCCUGAAUCAGCAUCCGGUUUUUACACCAACCCAAAGCAAGUUUAAAACCUUUGAGUCGAUUUUCCUUGUAUUCAAAUGUCAAAAUUAAGGAAAGUGGUCAGCACGUGUGUAUAAUGGCUUAAAACAUGAAAAACACUGAAGUAGUCCUUUAACACGGUCACAAGAACAGCGUGCACACACAUGCAGGUUUUGGGAGUCGAAUGAGGGCUUAUCAUGCCAAAGAAACCAGUUGUGUACACCCUAAAGUUAAAUUCAUUCACGAGGUGUCCUUGGUCAUGUUUGGAGCAUCAUAUAAAGCUCAGGAAACAGCUUGUAUAGGUGGUAUAGCAUGAUGGCGUGAUGUAGCCUAAUUCUCUCGUAGUGUUUGGCACCGAACCUGAGUCCCGCUGCCAGCUGCCCCACAAAGCCUGUCGUGUUGUCGCAGAUCGCUUUAAUCUCUUGAUCUAGUUUCUGUUUGUAGAGAUUUUUUUUAUGAUGUUUUGUACUGUACCUGGUGAUAAAAGAAGAAGAAUCACUAUAGCUGAUUUAUUUUUGUAUAAAUUGAGGCAAUAGGAUUACAGUCUGAUCACUGUAGUUUCUAUAGCUGUCUAUCUCGGACUGAUUGUAGAUGGAAGGUCACCUUUUUUGGGUAAACCUUUUUGUCAUGACUUUUUGUUCAUUCUGGCGGGUAUUUCUUUAAAAGCGAGUGACUUUUUGUGACAUCGAGUGUGACGGUUCUCAUGUGGGAUGAAGAAAAGUACUUUCAGGUGUCAGUACCUCUGUAGUCAUGAGCACUAUAACCGUUUAUUUUUUUUAAUUAGGCUGACUGUAACUGAUGUUUAUGUAGACUUUAUUUGGAUGCUUCGGAGUUAGAUUCUUGGUUAAUUUGUAUCUCAACUUUCUGAUUUUGUGCCAUGAUUUUUGUUUCUGGGUAAUUGUGCUCGCUGUGAAAGAAUAGGCCCUUGUGGGUCUAAAUGGGAAAGAUAUUGUAACCAACAUGUAAUGUAAAACUAAAUCAAGACGAGCGAAAUGUGUUCUCCUGUGGUGCAGGAGAACACCGUCUUAUUUAUUUAAAGAGGAGAAUUUGUGAACCACUUGGUGUGCACAUGAGAGCUGUAUGGAAGUGGUCAUCACGGACUGUAUCGGACAUGGGAAAAAACUUUUUAACAAAAUAACUUUGCUGUUUCUCUGCUACACUAUGCUUCAGUCAGCAGUGCCAAUUUUUUUUCUGGGGCAAACGGGUUGAUAAAAGCACAGUUUCCACCUUAUUAAAAAGAAAUAUGACAGAUUAAGCCAUUAAAUCAGGGCAUGAAGCUUAUUGGUCGACUGGAUCAUAUUUAUGUAAGUUAUUGUGUCACUCCUACCUUUUUAUAAAACUGAUUUCCAGUCACGAGUAUGUCACCAAAAUAACCGCCCGACUUUAUACGUUGGUGUUAAGCUACUGUGGAGUGUCUCUCUCAGGGCUCUGGGUAAUCUCUGGUAAAUGAGGCACUUUGCUAAUCUUUAUUUUGGAAAAACAACUUUUCUUUAGUGUAAGAUGCAAGAUUGUGCAAGGAUUAUUCACUUAAUUAGCCUUGUGUCAUUUAUGUAUAAACCUGUUUAAUGUGGCACCUUUAUCCCAUUCCAUAGUCAAGCAUUAUCCAGUUAUUAGCCUACAAUUCACAAAGAGGGGGCCAUUCAAAAUAUUAUCCACCAGAGGAAGCAUUUACUCACUCUGUUAAAUAACAGGUUAAUCCAACAACGGUUUGGUGAGAAAUGUUUAAAAAAUACAAAAUAUGUAUAAAAAGCAAUACUUCAUAACAACUGGCAUGUCUUAUUAAAAAUGAACAAAAACAUUGGCUUUAAAAGAAAAUCCCAUCUUUGCACAAGCAGUCAUCUGGUUGAGUGCCGGAGCGUUAUUGAAAAGUCACUUACAUUCAUUAAUAAAACAAACAAUAAUCUUUCAGUUUCCCCUCAUAUUGUCUUUUAUAGCUAUUGUUCAAGGCCAUGGUGUAAACCACAAAGAUGUUCAGAAGAACCCUAAUGCCUUUCUUAUAGCGUUAAGAAAUACGAUAAUCAAGUAUGUUUCUUGAAUUUUCUGGUGAGCCAGACAGGAGACUGCUCAGGGGAAUUUACCGCUGCUCUGUGAUCAAAACCUUUUACAUUCAAAAGAAAAAAGGCUACUCUUCAGGACUUGUAAAAAAAAAUGCCUUAUUAACAGGUAUUUAAAAUAAAAAGGUUUAUUAAAAUGAACCUUGGGUCGGAGAAAUUUGCCCUGCAAAGGAAGAGAAUGGCCUGAAUUGGAGUUAUGAGGUUUUUCCACUUGAAGCAGCAUUAUAUACAUGUCUGAAGUAUCACAGGAGUCAAAACAAAAUGCACUUUUUAUUUUUGUGAAUUUCAUUAAUUUGUAUGUUUUAUUUUGUUGGUUUUUUUUCUUUCAAGGGUCUCUUGAAUAAAGAGUUUGGGUGAUUAUUUUUUUUGUGGGGGGCGGGGGACUACAAAUGGUUCAUUGUACAGCUAUGUUUGUCUUUGUCAAAUGGAAUAAAAUUCAAUUUAGAUGAAAAGUAAUAAAGAAUUUCAAACCUGAA